AUGCAUAUGCAUCAGGAUAUCGAUGGAACCCUCCUCAUCCUAGCCGCCUUCAAGGGUUUAUUGAAGCUUAUCCAUCAAGUAACCUCAUUUGAGGUCGACAUGACGUUUCAACGAGUUCAGGAAGUUGUCGUCCGGAAAACCACAAACAAGAAAGAAGUUCUAGAGAUCAAUGAAUGGGAGAUGGUUAUUUAUUACAAGCCCGUUCAGCGAGCACUUACGAUAAUGCGUGUCUACACAAACCAUUCCGAUGCUGUUUCCUACGAGAAACUAUUUGAUGCUGUUCAGAAGGUCAUGCUUGAACUCACUGGCCAAUCCAUAGCUUUCAAAUGGCUACGCUCCGAGGGAAAUUUACUGGCAAUGGUGGUGGAUAUGGAGAUAGCGCAGGUGCAGGGUGCAGCGGCUUUGUUUAAGAAGACCCAGGUGCCUUCGCACAGCCCGUUAGAUGGAAGCAGGCCCGAGUCGUUCCCUCCAUACUUUGUCAAGUUGUGCAAGGUGCACGCCAAACGGGGUCUGCACAAUUACAGGCAUAGUCUAGACAAGGCAGACUAUGACCACAUCGUCAGCUAUAUGAAUCACAUCAAGACAAAGCAAGAUCUCGAAGAUUUUCAUUCGUAUAUUCUUUCCUUAAAGAAUGCUAAACUGACAGCUUGGUGGAAGCAUAAACGAUCGAUAUCUUGGAUACUUCCAUGUACAAUUCGUGGUCUCUCUCCUGUGGGGGAGGAAGAUUGGGAUGCUACGUCUAACCACACUAAUACCAGUGAGGGGCAACAUGCAUGGACAAAAAGGUUGACCGACAUGCAUCACAAACUUGUCACGGCAAUCAAAACAGGUCGCAAUGUAGAUGCAACGGUCCUCGAAGAGGUACAGGCGGCUAUGGAAUGCAGGUUACCCAACAACACUCAGAACGAGCUUCUUCAUCGCCAAACACGUAACACUUCACAUUGCAGUAACCAAGCAAACAAAGCAAAAAAGGCAGCAGAACAAGUUGGCAAGACAGCUGAGCUACAGAAAGAGCUGUCUUCAGCACAACAGCAAUUAGAUUUGGCGAAGGCGAAGAGGGAUGGCUUGAAACAUCAACUCAAGGAGACAAAGUUGGUGACAACCUCAUCUGGUGCUAUUCGCAAGAAUAGGAUGCUGAAGAAGACGCAAGAGCAGUCAAGCUCGAGUGGUUGA